CAUAUGCUAGUUACGUAAAAAGUAAUAAUUCAAAUGUCAAACUCUGGGUUGGUUUCUGUGGUUAUCGUGAUCACUAUAAUUGUAAUGAUCGCUUACAAAAUUUUGAUUUUACUAACUCUCUCGAGAAAUUUAAAAUGUAUAUAACCAAUAAAGUGAAGGCUAUAAGCAACUAUGAUGAACCGGAAGAUGUCUUAGGUGGCCUUAAUGCAGCGAUAACUGAGAUGACGUGGAGCAAUGCCACUCGUGUUAUUAUUCAUAUCGGCGAUGCACCACCACAUGGUCGUCGUUUUACCAAUUUAAAUGAUGAAUAUCCAGACGGUGACCCGAAUGGUCUAACUGCAGAAAGUGUGCUAAAGAAAAUGCAACUAAAAAACAUUUUAUACUACUUUGGAAAAAUUAAUAAUUCUACUGAUGUUAUGCUUAAUGUAUUUCGUGAAAUAAUUGGAAGUUUUCCUGUAUUUGAUCUUAAGACUACGGGAUAUAAUCCAGAGUUAUUAGUCAAUAAAUUUUGCAAGGCUACUAGCACAGCCAUCUUUUCUUCUAUUACACUGACUACAACUUUAAGAAACUCAAAAAGCAUAUACUCUUUGCAGCGAAAAAAACUUCAAAUCAAUCCACACGAACCUGAUUGGACGACUCAUCCAGAGAAAACAGGAAAGCUUUUAUGUUAUAUUCCACCUAAAACUCUAGCCGAAGUUAAAGAUUAUUUUAUUAAGUCAAGCUUUAUCGAACAAGAUAUAUCUUUUAAGCUUGCACCGCAACCAUUCUCUAUCGAAUUCAAUAUAGCCACAGAACGUGCUGAAAAAUAUAUCGAUAAUACAAAAUUUAAAAAAUUUAACGCGAAUAAUGGUCUAAUUACAGAAUUUCGUUCUAUUCUCGAGGCAUUUGCUCAUUUCACGUAUAAAUACAGUGAAGUAGUUUAUGAUUUACAAGGUGUUGAUCUCCAUAAUGAGUUCAUGUUAACGGAUCCAACUAUACAUUGUGUUGAUUUAUUGAAAUUUGGAAAAACAAACUUAGGAAAGAAUGGAAUUAAAAUAUGUUUUUUGGCAAAACAUAAAUGCAAUGAUAUUUGUAGAAAGUUAAAAUUAA